AUGGACUCAAUAGAGACCUAUAUGGGGAAUCGCAAGAACUCGCCAUUCCUGCGUUUACCGGCCGAGAUACGGCAUCAGAUCUACGAUUUGACAAUCACCGGAGCCAACAAAACCGUACUGUCGCUCCUUGUCACCUGUACACAGAUCAACCACGAAGCUUUACAAUUGCUCUACUCCAAUGUUCCUUUGCGGAUUGAGGCCUUUGGAGACAUCGGCCAAGUUCUUAAGAAUAAGGACCCUAAUCUUUCCUCCCGGAUAACGUCUGUCGAAAUCUCUCAGUUGUAUACCAUGACCCAUCCCCACGACUUGAAAGUGCUAAAGGAAAACGGCCUUGAGCAUGCGAUGUACAUGCAGUGCGCAAAGAAGCUGUCUGGUUUGAAGCACAUCUACAUGCGUGGCGAAUGGUCGCGCGGGUUUAAAGCUAGAGUGAGGGAUAGAUUAGGAGAACUAUUUGGUCAUGAAUUGGAUGUCAAAUUUGAUGAUUCAUUCGAAUUGAAUAUCAUGAUUGUUCACACAUUCAACAAUCUUCCGCCAGUUCUUUAUCUCGAUUCUGACUCAGACUUUUAG